UCAGCCCAGAAAAGUCUCCAGCGAGCCACACUAGCAUUCUCACCAAAGGCCCCCUCUUUUGUCAUAAAUCAAAAAGUGUAUAGCAGCUCAAACAGAUGCUCUUGUGUGUUACACUGUGGCCUUUCGAGCACUUUAGAUGUCUGUUAAUUUAAGAUUUUUCUUGGACUUUGCCCGUCAAAGACUUGACUUGGACUUACUAAAAUGAUUUGUGAACAUCUACUGUGUGUAUUAAGUAAAUCAAAUAUGAUAACGCACAUUUCCCACUUGAACUUAUAGCACUUGUGUAAAGGUUGAAAGUCCUCAGUACUUCCAUGAAUUACAUGGAUUUGAGUCUUUGGUGUCUCGGCUUCUUUUGUCCUACCGGUGCUUCCGUCGGUGCUAGAUACAUGGUUGCUAGCUACACCAGCCCUACCCCGAUGUUGAGUGAAGUGCUGCACUUUGUGUUCCGAGUACCUUCCAUUUUGGGAAAAUAUUACAAUACAGGUGUGUGUGUUUUGUUUUGCAUCUAAAAGCAAACAUUUGCAGACCGGUAGCGAUACACAACUCUCAAUUCAAGAGGAAAUAUAAUCAGUGUGUUGACAUAGGAACCAUGGUGGAGGAACGCUAUAGCUAACGGUGACUGGCGUUACUCCCGUCUUCAGUUGUUGCUCCAGCUAACCUAAUGUCCCGGUUACUGACAUGUUAUGAAAACCUGAGCAGCAGUUAACCAUCCUGACGGUUCAUCUGUCUGCCAAGGCAAAGACCAAAGUGGCUUUGUCCACGGACAAUGUGAAAAUAUACGACAGUAGAGGAUAUCUUAUUUGUAAAACACUUUGGACCAUUUGUGGCCUGAACUGGUGCAUCAAUGAGCAAAGAACUUCUAGGGAGCCCGGCCCCUGGCAGUGAGCCUGUGGAAGACGAUGUGGAACAAAACGGAGAGAAAAUGAUCAACGAAGCGGAAACCAUCUCUGAGGCAGCACCAGCUCAGGACUUGGUAGCCUUUGACAGACUCUGUACAACGGAACAGAACAGCUCAGACCAGCUACAGGAAGACCUUGGAGAUGAAAAAGACGAUGCAAAGUGUUCUAGUGGCGAUCCCCCUGUUGACUGGUUUGAGCCCCUUGAGGAGGAUGAGGAUGCCGAUAGUGUUGGAAGGAAUGAUCCAGAGGAAGAAAGCCUGGCAGGAGAAAGUGAAAGGAGUGAGAGCAUGGUGGGCAGCGAGAAGGCCUUCAAAAAGAUUUAUGAGCUUCAUAUUCCCCGUCGGAAACGAACACAUCCUGACGAAGGAUGGCUUGACUGGCCAAUAAUUGGAGAUGGUUGGAAACGCAAAGAAGUUGUUCGGCGCUCAGGCUCUAGCAUUGGACAGAAGGACGUGUAUUACCUGAGUCCACGAGGUGAUCGAGUGCGAAGUCGAGUAGAACUGGUUUCAGUCCUGGAGGGAGUUCUUGACUUGACAUCCUUUGACUACAAGACAGGAAAAUUCUAUGAUGGCGAAGCACCACCCAUAAGGGUUCGAAACAGAGUGAAGAGAAAGAUCCGCGAGCGUUCUUCCUCAGAGUCCAGCUGGAUGGAGAGGGGGGAGGGGGCUGACACUCCAGACUCCCACCACAGGCUCACCCCCAUUCAGGGGACCAAAAAUUUCCACCACAACCAGACAAGCUCCUCCUCACAUAGUACAAUGGGAAGUUCAAACCAAGGCUCUCGCAGUGCAGAGCUACCGGUGGAAGAUAAAAUUAAGCUUCCUCUUCCCUCGUCGUCAUCCAGACCUCUCCCACUCCCCUCCAUAAAUGGAGAAAUUGGGUCAGAGGACAGCACUCUGGUCUGUGCCAAAUGCGGUAUUUCCUUCACAGGAACGUGGUACGACAAACAGAGGAAGAGGCCCUGCUGCCCCACAUGCUGGGCAGCCUCGAAGACGAAAGAGCAUCCAAUGAUUCGCUUCAGAAAGUGGAUUCCUUGUGGACAGUGUGUGGGAUGCCACAACACAGUGAAUUGUGGGCAGUGUGCCAACUGCAAGCAUGGACUGCAGAGCCCAGAGUCACGGAAACGCAUAUGCCGGAAACGCAAAUGCAUAUGUCCUAUUCGCAAAGGUCCUGGAGGUGGAGGCUUCCUGCAGCAGAGGCCUUAUAAUGACAUUCCUGAAACAUUUGAUGACAGCAUGAGUUUCCAGGGUGAAGUUACAGACUCACAGCACCCAAGUCUCAAAAGCAGCGACACAGAGAACUUCUCGGUUAACGUGGACGUCGACGAUGAGGAUGACCUGUCAACUGACGACGAUGAUGAUUGGCACAAGAAGCGAAAGCGGCGGUCCUGUGGCGAAUGUAAAGCCUGUCUUUGCAGGAAAGACUGUGGCACAUGUGAUUUCUGUAUAGACAAACCCAAAUUUGGGGGCAGCAACAAGAAGAGGCAGAAGUGUCGACUGCGCCAGUGUCAGAGACAAGCAAUGAGACAUUUGCUGCCUUUCCAGAUGGGACAAGGUGACUAUGGGCCAGAUGGCACAGUGCUGCCGGGCAGACCUAGACCCCACUACACAUACAGUCGAAAGUCAAAUUUCAAGAAAAACAAAGGAGCAUCUGGCUUAGACUUCACUGACAAUGAAGAUGAUGACAUUAACUUUAAAGCACAGUUUGGUCAUUUGGAUUUUGGGCAGCGGAAUGGAUUGUCUGACCGAGACGCUCACAUCGGCAACAACUCUGAACCGGACCAGCUCAGCAGAUGGGAUGCAGAGAAGUCACACUCAGGCAGAGAUGGUCAAAGGCAUGCUGAUGCUGAUGAAGAUGAAGACGAAGAUGAAGAGGACUUUCCCAUGAUCACACAGAUCUUCAGUUUGGCCGAUAGCCCAUCCGCGACCAGUGGAGACAUGGAAAACCAGCUAAUGAAGUUGCUACACUCUUUGCGCUCGUCUGUACUGCCAAUCCUAUGGUAUGCCAUAAUGGUGGAGGGUCCUCAGCUGCAGCUCAUCCAGUGUAGUAAACAGUCCAACAUGACAGACACCAUGGUGCUGAUCGACCCAGGCUUCUGCUAUCAGGUCACCGUCCAAAAGCAGCCUCUGCUCCCCACCCACCCGCUGUACGACAAGUACCCGGGACGCCUGUCCUCGGUGACUGAAGUGGUCAGUCUGCUUUUGGGCCUGGAGAAGUAUGUUGUGUGCCAGGGACUACCGCCCAAACAGCAUUUAUUGAAUAAAAACCCACUCAUAUUGGAGCGGGCAUCGACGUGUGAUUUCUUGGUUAAGAGAAAAGUGAGCAUCUGUCCUAACUGCAGAGAGCUGCAGGAAGUUUGAGCUCAGCAGAGACAGAAGAAGAUACAAGUUUGUGCCAUUUUCUUCUUUUUGCUUCUGUUUCUCUUCUGGUGAAAAUACAUAUGACAUUUUUCAGAUUUACCUCUGGACUGUGAUAGUAGGAUUUGACUUUUUGAAGAAUCACCAAAGGCAUUCCAGGAGCUGUUAAAUUACAAUCCAGGUGUGUUUCUUCACAGAUGUCUUCUGUUCUCUUGGUUUAGGGCUUUUUCUUCAUGACUGUUAUGUCAAAUUUUGGCGAGUGCAAUGAGUAUGGCUGAAAUCCGUCUGCGUUCAGUUUCAGCAAUCGAUAAACUUCAACCUCACACACACACACAAUUGAGAGGACAUUUGACCCCAAAUUUUCUCUCUCAGCACAAAAAAACAAAGUCAGAUUCUCAGCUCUUAAGCCUCUUAUGUUUUAACCAGCAAUAUUUGACGUGUCAUCGUCGUCAUCACACUUUAGUGUACGAAUUUAAUGGAGUUGACCAGCUUUUGGUAAAAUUAACAUUUUUUUUUUGUUUACCCAGUUCAUUUAUAAACAGUUUUGUUUUGUUUGUUUUUUUUGUUUGUUUUUUUUGAAUACUGACACUAAAUGUUUAAACAUCAAUAUUAGUAAUUAACUAGAGUCCGAUUUCUUUAUACAGAUCAAUGUUUAUUUAAAAAAAAAAUGUGAAAAAGGAGGAAAAUAAAUCUGCACAAACUGACCAAAGUAAGAGUUCCCAUCCUUUUAAAGUCGACCUUAAAAUGAACACACUUGAUUUCAUAAGUCCCACAGUGUUGACCAGAGAUCACCUGACUUACCUGAAAACACAAACUGAGAAGGACACGAGAUCAUCUUCGUGACACCGAAUGGAGCCUAAAAGUCAGUCAUGAUGAUCCACGUGGAUCCAUGGCUGAGCCUGGAGCCGGCGUACAGACAACAGCUGCUGUUCUAACAGUUGCAGCUUUAUGUCAGAGAGUCCAAGCGAACGCUACUAAAAAAUAAUAAUAAUAAUAAUUUCAGGACAUCUGAGGUAAAGAUUGCCAGGAGACAUGAGAGACUCACACACUCAACACUCAAGCAAUUAUUUAGUUUGUGUCGUGUGUUUGUAAUGAUUUAGCUAAAUUUGAUAAAGUCUUUUUCUUCAGAAUCUCGACGAACUCUGACCAGAUGUUUCAAAACUUGACGUGAAAACGAGUGGGAUACCUUUUAAAAGCACUGCAGUUAACUUCAGACACGCGUUACAACUAACAAACAUGCAAAAUAAAUAAAUAAAUAAAAUGAAUUCUUACUAAAUGCUCCUCCCCUUGACAGUGAUAUUUGUAGCAGAAAUGAAAGCCCUCUCCAUCAGUGUCUUCGUCAAUGUGAACGAUUAUGCAUUCUUUAAAUAUAUGAAAUUCAUUUUGUUUCCUCACGUAAUUGUGCAGAUUUUAAAAUGUUUGGGAUCCAAUUAUUAUUCUUUAAAAAAAAUAAAAAAGAAGAAAUGAUUGUAAUCUAGUUUAAAUUAAAACAUUUAAAAAAGACUGAAGCAAAACUUUUUCCAUAUAUUCGGACUGUGUUUUCUGAAGGCAGCGUUGCAAAAUAAACUUUGACUUGGAUUUGACCCGCUUUUUAUAACAUUAAUCAAAUACAGUUCUGCCUGAUGGUCACCUGAAACACAUUCCCAGAAGACUGUAGUGUGAACUGUCAAAGAAGUGAAAGCUCAAGAUUUUAUAUUUAUUGACAGUCGGCCAUAGUUCAGACUUCUUCAUAAGUGUAUCUGGCUAUUGCGUCCCCCAUCCACCCCCUGUUGGGUGUGGUAAACUAGUUGUUGUUGUUUAUUGUGAUGCAUUGUUUCAGUGUAAACCACAGUUAGUGCCUUUAAUUGAAACCAGGCUUAUAUUUUAUAUUGCUUAAGAGCCUUUGAGUGGUCGUCCACCAAGUUGUUUGAAUCGUCUUGACGCCCUCAAAAACUACUUUGGAUGAUUCACAGUAGCUUGUUAUGUAGGAGUAAACAUUUAGGCUGGUGUCCCUCUAAUCAAAAGGCUCCUUUUCAACAUAAAAUUAAUGAUGGAAUUAAUCACUCAAACUUGUUGCUUUGUGAUGUAUUUUGCUUUCAGCCGUACAAAAUCUGAACAAUGCUGAGCCAAUAUUAGGUUGUGCAUUCAGGGAUAAGAGAGCUGCUGUUUUCAGUGUUUAUUUAAGUUUUCCUCAGAAUUUCUCCAUCGUUUAAUAAACACGCCUAUAUCCAA